GAUUUAAACGUUAUUUUAUCUUUCAGAAAGAUUUCUCUAGUACUAAGUGAAAAUGGUGACAGCAGAUGAUGCACCUAAACUGAUCUAUCCUCCUCCGGAGGUUAGAAAUAUAGUUGACAAGACUGCUGGGUUUGUAGCAAGAAACGGACAGGAGUUUGAGCACAGGAUUAAACAGAAUGAGGUAAACAAUCCAAAGUUCAACUUCUUGAACCCUGGAGACCCAUAUCAUGCUUACUAUCAGCAUAAAGUGGUUCAAAUCAGGGAAGGAAAACCGGAAGUUGAAAGGGUUGAUAAGAAAGGGCCCGCCGAGGUUUCGAAGAAGCAGGCGGAAGUUAUCAAGGCGAUCGCCCACAAGAAGGAAGAACCGCUGGUGCCCAAGGAACCACCUCCAGAAUACGAAUUUCUGGCGGAUCCACCUUCAAUAUCUGCUUUCGACUUGGAUGUUGUCAAGCUGACUGCACAGUUUGUUGCGCGUAAUGGUCGUCAGUUCUUGACCCAGCUGAUGAACCGAGAGCAGAGGAAUUAUCAGUUUGAUUUCCUUCGUCCGCAGCAUUCACUUUUCCAGUACUUUACCAGGCUACUGGAGCAGUAUACUAAGGUACUUCUGCCCCCGAAAGAGUUACAAGGAAAGCUUGAUGCGGAGGCAGGAGAUAAAACUAAAGUUUUAGAUCAGGUGAACUGGCGUGUAGCUUGGCAGCGUCAAGAGGAGGCUGCUAAGAGGAAACAAGAAGAAGCUCUUGAGAGAGAGAGGGUUGCUUAUGCGCAGAUUGACUGGCAUAACUUUGUUGUUGUUGAGACCGUCGACUAUCAACCCUGGGAGGUCGGCAAUUUCCCGCCACCAACCAACCCGACCGAGGUCGGAGCAAGAGUCCUCAUCCAACGUCGACAAGAGGAACACGGUCCUGCUCCGACUGCGCCCGCCGACAGCGACAGCGAAGAGGAGGAGGAGGCAACAGCAGGCGCUGACACCCAGGUUCAGGAUAUGGAGGAAGGAAGUAGCUCUGAAGAGGAGGAUGAACCGGUCGAACAAACCGUCGAGGAUCCCAAGAAAACCGCCGAGGCGAUGAAGGCAGUUCCGGCUCCCCCAAUGCCGGCGCCUCCAGUUCAGCCGCCGCCGAUUCAGGCGCCGCUGCCUGGCAGUGUUGUUGUGAAGAAGUAUGAUCCUAAGGCAGCUGCUGCAGUUAGGAAGAAGACGGAGGAAGAUCAGUUCUUGAUCUCUCCUCUCACUGGAGAAAAGAUCCCGGCUGGGAAGGUUGCGGAGCAUAUGAAGGUUGGAUUGUUGGAUCCUAAAUGGUUGGAGGAAAGAGACAAGCAGAUCAUUUCGAAGUCGAACGAGGAGGUAGUGUUUGCUCCGGGGCAGGCAAUAGAGUCCAACUUGAAGCUGCUGGCGGAGAGAAGAUCCGAUAUCUUCGGAGUAGGUGAGGAGGCAGCCCAGGAGACCUAUAUUGGACAGAAGAUCGGAGAGGAGGAACAGAGGGUUAAUGAAAAGAAUACUUGGGAUGGUCACAGUAGCUCCGCUGAAGCAGCUGCUAGAGCUGCCAGGAAGGAUAUCACCUUGAACGAUCAGAUCGCCCAGAUCCAUAAACAGAAAGGUCUUAUACCGGACAGGGAAACUAAAACUGUUGCGGUCACGCUACCGCCUCAGCAGCAGCCUCCCAUGCAACAGCAACAACCUCCACAACAAAACCAGAUGCAGAUGAUCCGACCUAUGAUGGGUAUGCCUGGGAUGGGUAUGCCUGGAAUGCGACCACAGAUGAUGGUUCAUCAGCCCAUGUUCAUGCAGCAGCAGAAUAUGCCUAGGCCUUUAUUCAUGCAGCAUCCAGGACCUGGUGGACCGCGUCCUGGAGGACCGGGUGGACCUGGAGGACCUGGUAUGCAGCAUCAGCGCGGCGGAGUAGAGGAACCUCCAGCUAAAAAGCAGAAGACAGAGGAGAACUUGAUCCCUGAACCAGAGUUUAUUGCUAACAAUCCUAGUCCAGUUACAUUCAAGAUAUCUGUUCCUAAAAUGGCUGAUAAACCUGAAUGGAAGUUGAAUGGACAAAUGUUAACUCUAACUUAUCCUCUGGAGGAAACCAUUACAACCAUCAAGGCUAAAAUCAAUGACUUGACUGGUAUGCCGCCCGGAAAACAAAAGAUACAACACGAGGAUGGAUUCUUCUUAAAGGAUGCGAACACUCUCGGGUUCUACAACGUUACUUCACGUACAGUUUUCUCCCUUCAGCUGAAGGAGAGGGGAGGAAGGAAGAAGUAAAUCGUGAUCAACACCAUUACCAUCAAGAUCAACAGCAAGAUCAACAAUUAGAUCAAGAUUAUCGAAGCAUAUAUCAAAAUCUGUAAGGUCAACAAGAGUUACUACUUCAGCUACUACAGCAAGAACUCGUUUGUCGCUUGAUAUAAACUGGAUUUAUUUAUCGAUCUACGGUUCUAGUUCAGUUGAUAUGUAUAAUCUUUGUUUUGUAGAUAAUCUAAUACUUUCUUUAAGAGUAACAUCUUAAUGUAGAUAAUUCUUUUAGAUUUUCAAACAUUUAAUCCUUCAUUUUUAAAUUUUUAAUUGCAGAAA